AUGAUAAAUAAAAUCAAAGAAUACAUGUCAAAUACAUAACCUGUUGUUGAUGCCUUAAAGGAUUUACAUAUUUAUUCAAAUGAUAAUUAAUUUCAAUCUUAAUAACUUAUAUCAAAUAGAUUAAGACCAUUCUUUGAAAGUUAAUAAAGUAAGGUAUGGUUAGUAAACAAUAUAUUAGAAACUAUUUUUGUAAUCAUUAUUUGAAGUAGUACAAAAAGAAAGUGUUUAGGAAGGAAAUUUGUAAAGAAAAUUUAAAAUUUUAUUAUUGCUACAUAUUAUCUUAAGUUCAUAAGUUGGACGUUCAGAAUUAUCAAAAAUCUUAAUUUCCAAACAAUUAAAUAUUAAAACCUAAAAUUCAAUUCCUUCAAAAUUAGAUGUAGUCUGUCAACAAUAUUAUCAUUAUUUGUAUAAAUUAGCAUCUCAAACUACUUUUAUUAAUGAAGAAGUUGUUGAUGGAGAUUUACUAAUAUAUUUUACUCUUUCAAAUCAAUGCUAUAUUGGAAUGACUAUGCAAAAAAUUGUUGAAAAUGUUGAUUCAUUUCAAUCUAAUCCGUUAUUGGCAAAUAUUAUCAAAUUCAUAUAUUAUGAUUUACAAGAUAUUUUUAUAUUCAUCUUGAAAGAUAUUAAGUGUCUUAUUGAAAAUAGAUAAGAAAUUAAAUAUUCAAAAGAAUUAAUGCUAGAACUUUAUAAAGAAGUAAUGUAAAUUAUAUUAAUAAACUCUAGUGUUAGAUUCUAUAAAAAAGAAUGUUAGACUUCUAUCGCUUUAACAGACAUUUCGAACACUUUUAAUAGAUAAUGCCUCCCUAUUCUUUGGCCAUUAAUCAAGAAUCAAUAGGUUAAUUAUUAAAUAGUCAACCAAAAAUGAAUUCAUUAUAACAAAUAGCAAAUUUAUAAGAUAAUCAUCUUGAUAGGAUAUAACCUCAUACUUCAAAAUAAAAGAAUUCAAUAAGAUUUGAUUUUUAAGAGAGGAAAAGAAAAUAAUCAGAUUCAACAUAAUUUUCAUUCUCAAAUUGA